UCAGUUGUAAUCAUUCUGCAACCAGUUUUCAGAAGACUAGAACCAUCAUGUCUACCUUCGCCUUCCUUCUUCUUUGCGUGCAAGCUUGCCUUAUCCACAAUGCGUACAGCGCGUGCCUUGGUACCGGCUACUACGGGGCCGGGCUCGGCUACGGCUACGGCGGUAUCGGCUAUGGAGGAUGCGGUCUAGGCGGUAUCGGUUAUGCUGGUCUGGGCUAUGAUGGCUUCGGCUACGGCGGCCUUGGUUAUGGCGGUCUUGGUUACGGCGGCUUGGGAUAUGGUGUCGGCUACGACGGUAUCGGUGCUGGUUACGGUGGUGCCGGCGUUGGUAACGUGGCCGUCGCCGGUGAGCUGCCCGUGGCUGGUACCACCGCCGUCGCUGGUCAGGUGCCCAUCAUCGGCGCUGUCGGUUUUUGCAGGUGA